AUGGAUACAUUACCAGACAUCAUCAUUCGUUGUAUAUUCUCACAUAUCAAUGAUCAGUUGGAUCUAAUGUGUUCGUACGGCCAGAGUACCACCAGCAAUCUUGAUUGGAGUGUAGACGUACAUCAUUGCAAGUCCAACAAUCCCACCGCGUCCAACAACAAUGAAUCGAUACCAGGAAUAUCAUUGACGUAUGCCCGACGUGAGAUUGAUCCACAGAUACUUCAUAAUAAGCGACCAAGUUAUCUAUUGUUUGCCGAUUCGUUUGAUGCAUCAAUCACACAUGGACAGCUGCCAAACACAUUGAUCAAGAUAAGGUUUGGCAACUCAUUCGCUCAACCUAUUGUACCUGGUGUGCUACCAGCCUCACUGGUACAUCUGGAGUUCCACAUGGGUAGUCGCUUCAAUCAUCCGUUUGGCGAGGGUGUGCUGCCUCCUUCAUUGCGCACACUCAAGCUUGGCAUGCUGUACAACAUGGUCUUAACAAAGGGCUCUCUCCCGCCUUCACUCUCCAGCCUCACGUUUGGCUAUGGCUAUGACCAACCUUUUGAGCCUGGUGUGCUCCCUGCUUCAAUCACAUCAUUGACUUUUGGACACAGUUACAAUCAAUCAAUACUACCUGAUGUGUUGCCGCAGUCCUUAACAUCACUCAAGUUUGGAAACAACUAUAAUCAACCUCUUUUACAUGGUUCGAUGCCUUUGGGAUUGAAGUCAAUAGUGAUGGGCUCGCGAUAUAAUCAACCAUUCAUUGGUGAUGAGUUCCCAGAUGGUACAUCAUUGACCGAGUUGACGUUGGGACUUGGAUACAUGCAGCCGGCCGAACAUGUAGUGCUCCCAUCCACACUCAAGACGCUCAAUCUUCAACUCUACGCCAUCCACUCUACAUACCUCCAGUGUCUACCAUCAUCAGUCGAGCGUGUUGGCUUCAAUGAUCCCUUUCCACCAGUCAAUGACAAUGCUCAACAACAUAUGGCGAUUGUAUUGAAUCAUACAUUACAUGAGAUGGACUUGACAGUGCUAUUCCCAUUCAUUGGCAACACAGACUUGUUGGCAAAGUUGUUGAACAAGUUGAUCAAUGCAUUCAAGAAUGUACAGACUUUCAAUGUAAUGGCUAUUCAUAAGGCUGAUUGUCGGAUGAUCAAGUAUAAGCUUAGAAUGAUUGAUCAAGUGAGAGCAUUAUAUCGUGUCCAAACCAAGUCCUCUGCCAAUCCACAAGAUAUAUCACUGGCCAAACAACUUGUAUCCUUUGCACAUCGUGUAGUCAAUAGUAUUACCAAUCAAAUAAAUGAUUGA